CAAAAGCAGCACGGGCGGCCCGGCGGGCCGGCACAGACGGCCGGAGCGGCUGAGGCUGUGGCAGCUGUGGAGCUGGGGCUGGGGGGGCUGGCAGCCCGGGCGGCCGCGGGCGCCAUGGGCAAAGGCGGGGAGCAGGGAGAUGGGGGCUCCGCGGAGCGGGACGCGCCCGCGCUGCCCACCUACAGCUGGGAGGAGGUCCAGAGGCACAACCUGCGCACCGACCAGUGGCUGGUCAUCGACCGCAAGGUCUACAACAUCACCCAGUGGUCCCUUCGCCACCCGGGCGGCCGGCGGGUCAUCGGCCACUACGCUGGCGAGGAUGCCACGGACGCUUUCCUCGCCUUCCACCAGGAUGUGCAUUUUGUCAGGAAGUUCCUGAAGCCCCUGCUGAUUGGGGAGCUGGAGCCUGGGGAACCCAGCCAAGACCGUGGCAAGAGUCCCCAGAUUACUGAGGACUUCCGAGCCCUGAGGAAGACUGCAGAAGACAUGAAGCUCUUUGAGACCAACCACAUGUUCUUCCUCCUGCUCUUGGCCCACAUUAUCGUCAUGGAGAGCGUUGCCUGGUUCACUGUUUUCUACUUUGGCACUGGCUGGAUCUCCACCAUCUUGACAGCUUUCAUCCUAGCAACUUCCCAGGCCCAGGCUGGAUGGCUCCAACAUGACUAUGGCCACCUCUCUGUCUACAAGAAAUCCAUGUGGAAUCACGUUGUCCACAAAUUUAUUAUAGGCCACCUCAAGGGAGCCUCAGCCAACUGGUGGAAUCAUCGACAUUUCCAGCAUCACGCCAAACCCAACAUCUUCCAGAAGGACCCUGACGUCAACAUGCUCCAUGUUUUUGUCCUGGGCGAGUGGCAGCCAGUGGAGUAUGGCAAGAAGAAGCUGAAGUACCUGCCUUACAACCACCAGCAUCAGUACUUCUUCCUGAUUGGGCCGCCAUUGCUCAUCCCGAUGUACUUCAGUUUCAAAUCAUCAUGACCAUGAUUGUGGCCAGAGGGACUGGGUGGUGAGUCCCCUGUCCGCAGGGCUGGAGGUCAGGCCCCUCCCCGGGCCAGGCUCCCUCACUGCCCCCUUCAGGUCCGGG